AUGACCGGUCUAGUUUCAGUCUUGUUCGCGAGCGUCGAGAGAAAUCGAGAGGAAACCCUAAUUUGGCGAGUGGAGGAGCAAGAUGAUGAGGAACAUUGGAUCUGCGUGUGCGAAGAAACGUUGAUCUGUGUUGCGAUGGAUGAAUUACAGCUUGGACGCGGAGGGAGAUCGUAUACGGCUGGUAGAUGUGAAGAUUCAUCACUGAUGAGGAGCAAGAAGAGUGAAGGCACUGCGUCAUUUGCUGUUUUUACUGUGCUAAUGGCUGGCUUUGCGGGACAUUUUUGGUACAGAGGAAAAGCUACUCUAGAACGCUUAGCCCUCUCCAGAGCUAUUGAUGAAAAGAGUAAAAAGAUUCGUCUUCUUAAACGAGAAGUGGAGGCGAUCGAACUAAAGCCCUCUAACUUUCUUCCCAUUGAUAACGACAAGGCCAUCCUCGGGGAUGUUGGGAUCCCAUUAUUGCACAGACAACAGGUGACAACAAGAGCACAUAGAACUCGAAUUCGAACUACAAUUAGCCCGUUAAUGGGCCUAAGUCAUGAGCUCGUCAGAAGAUUUGGGUCGACAAUCGAGAUCGCCAUAGGCGGCUUCUCAGGUCGUGUAAAGGGAAAACUUCCAUUUAAGGAGGAUCUCAUGAAGAAUGGAAGUAAUGAAGAUUUAGACCUAGGAUAA